AUGACAACUGUAAGUGCUCUUUUAGCAGUUGCUGCAAUAUAUAGUUGGAUGACUUUUCAAAUGGAUGCCACUAAUGCAUUUCUGCAUGGUGAAUUAGAUGAGGAUGUCUAUAUGUCUCUUCCUCAAGGAUACACUACUUAUGGAAGCAGAAUACAGGUUGAUUCUCAGGGAAAAACUCCUAUAAAAAAUUCACAUCUUGUUUGCAGAAUGAACAAAUCAUUAUAUGGCCUUCAACAGGCUCCCACACAGUGGUUUGUUAAACUUUCUACUUCUCUCCUUUCUUUUGGCUACACUCAGUCCAAAUCUGAUUAUAGCCUGUUCACUAAAUCACAUGGUGAUUCAAUAACUGCUGUUCUGGUAUAUGUUGAUGAUUUUCUCAUCACAGGAAAUGACACAAAUGAAAUCAUCAAGCUUAAACAGAUUCUAUCCUCUCACUUUCAUAUGAAAGACUUUGGUACUUUAAGGUAUUUUUUGGGAUUAGAAAUUGAUCACACUGAUCAAGACAAAGGCACUCUUUUGCCUAAUUUUGUUGUCUAUCAACAACUCCUUGGGAAACUAAUUUAUUUGACUGUUACUAGGCUUGAUAUAUCCUUUACAGUCCAACUUCUGAGUAAAUUCAUGCAUUCUCCAACAUCCACUCACUUACAAGCUGUAAAAAGACUCCUGAGAUAUCUUGCUGGAACCAGAACUCAGGGAAUUAUUUUAGCUUCUUCUUCUGUAGCUCAUUUGACUGCAUUCUGUGACAGUGAUUGGGCAAGUUGUCUAAAUUCAAGGAGAUCCACCACUGGCUACUGUAUUUUACUUAGUAAAUCACCAAUUUCAUGGAAAGCAAAGAAGCAGUCAGUGGUUGCAAAGUCCUCUGCUGAAGCAGAAUAUAGAGCUAUGGCUCUACAGCAUGAAGCUCUUGCUAUUGCUGCCAAUCCAGUCUUACAUGAAAGAACAAAACACAUAGAAAUUGAUUAUCAUCACUAUGUGAGGGAUAUGGUGAAAACUGGUGAUCUUAUUCCUUCUCAUUUUUCUUCCAAGGAUCAACUUGCUGAUAUUCUUACUAAGGGUCUCUUUGUCAAGUAG